AUCAGAUUCACCAUCAAUUAACGUCCCCGUCAUCAAACGGUGCUCUCCUCCUCCCCUUAAAGCCAAAAAAAUAAAAUAAAAAAUGAAACGGUAAUAUCUGGUGCAGGCACUGACCCAAGAAACCUCCUCUUCAUAUUGAGAGGCUGUCCUUAACUUCUUUUCUCUUUCUUUCUGCUUCGACUGUUAUUCACACACUCAACUACUCAAACAACCUUUCUUCUCUUUUCUGUUUCUUUUAACGGAACAUACAUACAAACAACAACGCGAAAAGAAAAAAGAAGAAAGAAAACAUUAAAAAAAGGAAAUUAAAAAGAAAAAAUGGUGGUUGUUGAUGAUGGUGAUGAUAUUGUUGUAGAAAUGACCCACCUUGCUGCUGCUUCCUUCUCUCGAUUCCUGGAUUCUUUUCCCAAAAGGGUUUUGAUGGAGGGGAGGUAUUCUGGGGAUUGAUAUACUGAUGAAGAUGUUUAUGAGGUUCUUUUCUUGAAUUGAUUGGUUCCGAAAUUUUUCGACAUGGAUGUAUUCAAAUACCUAUUAGCAGCAAAACCUACCAAGAAAAUGAACUGAAUUAUGGGAGAUUCUCUCCUCACUGCCUUGUCAAUGGAGAAUCAUCAUCCGUCUACCCUCUUGUCAAUGGAUUCCAGUGCCUCCUCUCACGAAGAAUUGGAUUUGGAGAUGAAUCGUCAGAUCAUACUUUCUCGUCCACCGGAUAUCAAUUUACCAUUAUCAGUAGAGCGUAGCCCUCCUCCGCAGUCAUGGAAUUCAGACCCAUGUGAUAUAUUGGAUGUUGGACUUGGUCAACAGGUUUAUGAGACUGAGAGUUUUCUUAAUGUCCCCAAGGUUGGGAGGAAAUGCGCCAAGCGGAUUGAUAGCAUUUGGGGUGCUUGGUUUUUCUUUAAUUUCUAUUUUAAACCAGCUUUGAAUGAGAAAUCGAAGGCCAAGAUUGUCCGGGACAGCAAUGGAGUUUCCAGGUUUGAUAAAUCUGAUCUCAAGCUUGAGGUUUUUAUGGUUCAACAUGACAUGGAGAACAUGUACAUGUGGGUCUUCAAGGAUAGGCCUGAGAAUGCGUUGGGUAAAAUGCAGCUCCGGAGCUACAUGAAUGGCCAUUCUCGUCAAGGGGAGCGCCCAUUUCCAUUUAGUGUGGAUAAGGGUUUUGUCCGGUCACACCGGAUGCAACGAAAGCAUUAUAGGGGACUAUCAAAUCCUCAAUGUGUUCAUGGAAUUGAAGUUGUUCCCUCGCCCAAUCUCUUAGGUCUUGAUGAGGAUGAGAGGAAAAGAUGGAUGGAACUCACUGGCAGGGAUUUGAACUUCACAAUCCCACCUGAUGCCAGUGAUUUUAGUUCAUGGAGAAACCUCCCCAACACAGAUUUCGAGCUUGAGAGGCCACCUCCACCUAUAAAGAAUGCUUCUAAUUCCCACUCAAAGAAGCUGCUCAAUGGGUCCGGGCUCAAUUUGUCAACUCAGCCAUCCAGUCAUAGCAAUGGUGACGGCAUGGACCUAUCUCCUGUAAGCAGCAAAAGGAGGAAGGACUUUUUCCGGCAUGGGGGGGAUGAUGAUUGUUAUCUGGCUGUUAAUCCUCCCUCUGAUCGUGUAGCAGAUAUGGAACUUCAUCCCAAUGAGCCACAAUGGUUGCAUGAGGUCAGUGGGGUGAUGAAGAGUGUUUGUGGUCCUGUGACAGCCGCAAAAACAGUAUAUGAGGAUGAAGAAGGUUAUUUAAUUAUUAUCAGCUUGCCAUUUGUGGAUCUGCAGAGGGUGAAGGUCUCUUGGAGAAAUACGCUAACUCAUGGUAUAAUUAAGGUAUCUGGUGUUAGCACAUCUUGCAUGCCAUUCAUCAAGAGACAUGAUAGAACGUUCAAGCUUACAGAUCCAUCCUCUGAACAUUGUCCGCCUGGGGAAUUUGUCAGAGAAAUUCCACUUUCAACUAGAAUUCCUGAAGAUGCUAAUAUAGAAGCAUAUUAUGAUGGGCCAGGAUCUGUGCUCGAGAUUUUGGUGCCAAAACUUCGUGAGGGACCGGAAGAACAUGAGGUUCGGGUUUGUCUUCGUCCUCAUCUAGGAGGCAAUGAUCUCAUGUUAACCUGAGAUGGGCAUUUAUGAGAACUGGAAGGUAGCUGCAUGUGUUUGUUGCUUCAUUGUUUAACUAACCGUGUACCAUAUAGUGUAAUCUCUGAAUCAAAAUGUGCACUUCCACUUUUUCUUUCUGUAAUUUCUGCUCACUAAUUGCUGUGGUGGUUGCUCCUGGGCCUAUGGUUAGAAUUUGACUGUAACAAUUUGAUUCUUGAGAUUGCAUUUGAUUUGGGUCAUUUAUAUGAAGUUAUCAAAUCUGGAAUGUA